AUUGCACCUUAUUUGUUCCAUGCCGCUCGCAGCGCAGCCUCCAUCCACAAAUACGACGCGCGGUUUAUUUUAGUCAAGGUUGAAGAAGGGCUGCAGGGAAGAAGACCCAAAGAGGGAAUAAGAAACAGCGCAGUAAUGGAAAACCGCUGCAAGUUUUGGCUCCCUAAAAAGAAGAGAUUUUGUGCCAAUGUUCCCCUCACUGAAUCAGUGUUCUGUGGCAACCACACACCCAGGUCCGACAGCCAGUGGAUUCCAUGCCCAAUAGACCCUUCUCAUUCUGUGCUUGAAGAAAAUCUUGAAGGACAUCUUAGGAGAUGCCCAUUGCUCAAACAAGUGGAGUCUCUGACUCACCAGCCCUUUUACCAAAAGGGUAUCAAUGCUGGCAAAGAAGAAGACCAACAAGAAAUAGAAACACUCAGUUGUACUAGAGUGGAGGAUUCGGCAUUGGCUGAUGACCCCAAGUCGGAGGCUUUCGGCUACAUUCUUUCGGAAAUGAAGAGGACUGUUUAUAGUAUGUCUGUGCCUGAUUUCUAUAUAUUAAUCGAAAAAAUUGAGUCUGUUCAUAAGUCCAUAUGCAAGGAUAUUCAGGAGUCGUAUAAGGUACCGGAAGCUUGCGGAAUGUGGAUCAAAAGAGAGGUAGACAGAAAAUUGCCAUUUCAAGAGAAACAUGUUAUGCAGCAGGUGUCGAUUCUUGGAAACAUGGAAGAUUUUGGGGUAAUAAAGAGUUCCAUAGCAAAGGAGAGGGCUAACUGUGAUGAUGGCGAUGGGUUCCCUGUGAGGGAUGACUGUGAUUAUAGCAAUGGUGUCCCUGCGGUGGUUGAGUUUGGAGCGGGGAGAGGAUACUUGACACAAAUGCUGGCAGAUUGUUACGGCAUUAAGAGGGUCUUUUUGGUUGAAAGGAAGUCAUACAAGCUGAAGGCUGAUCGAUCCUUGCGACAGAAAGAGAGCUUGAUACUGCAACGUUUGAGAAUUGACAUUGAGGAUUUAAACCUGAAUGCUGUUGAGUCAUUGCGGGGAGGUCCUUUCAUUUCUAUCGGUAAACAUCUUUGUGGGCCUGCAACAGAUUUGACUCUGAGAUGUUGCCUUGGGGAACAAUCCAAUCAAAGUAAUGGUGGAGGGUGUGUUAACCCGAACCUAAGAGGUCUAGCUAUUGCCACAUGUUGCCAUCAUCUUUGCCAGUGGAAGCACUACAUAAAUAAGAAGUAUCUAUUAGAGUUGGGGAUCACAAAAGAGGAAUUCCAUGUAAUUAUAUGGUUCACUAGUUGGGCAGUGGAUGCUGAUCAUGGCACAGAUCUUCCUGAUGUUACCGAUUGCGGAUUUCAUCUUGAAUCCAUCGGAAAGAAGCAACCCCACGGAGAUAAUGGAGUUGAAGACGUCGUGAGAAAUAUGAAAGCAGUUGAAAGGGCUGCGUUAGGGUUCAUGUGCAAGCAGAUUAUAGACAUGGGUAGGUUAGUGUGGAUGAAGGAACAUGGAUUAGAAGCGCAGUUUGUCAAAUACGUACCAUCUAGUGUCUCUCCUGAAAACCACCUACUAAUUGCUAGAAGCACCAAUCUUUCUUGAAACAGUUUUGUCUUCACUGGUUUUCUAGGAUGAGAUUAACGUACUUUUUCGGAGGGAAGUUCUAAAUUGAGAUUGGAAGCUUUACCAAAGCUAUUGUUGUACUGAUCUAGUGAACUCUGUAUUGAACUCACAUUUCAUUUUUCACAAUUCAAGUGUCGAUGCUUAAGAAUACCUUUGAUACU